AUGUCUUCUUCUGAAUCGAGUGACGAUGCAACCAAAGAACGAGGUAUUUACGGAGGUCAUGGUAGUGGUCAAGGUAUUAUGAUGUAUAAUACUCGAAAAAAUGUGGGAUCAGGAAGUGGUUCUAGUGCUCAUGCCGGAAGUACCGAAAUAUCUGAAGUUCGUGAAAAUAACAAAGGUCAUAGAGUAUCCAGUUCGGGUAUGGGUAAUUCAACAGACGAUGGCAAUCAAACAACGCUCGAUACAAAAUUUAUCGAAUUCUAUAAUGCAUCGUUUCAUCAUAAUGUGUUAGAUUUAGGUGGUUCAGUAUUUCAGAGUCCAGCAGCAACCGCAAAAAUAGAUAAUCGUACAUACCUUAGUACAUAUAAUACUUUUGAUAGUAAAGCUAUACCUUAUUUUUUCCUACUGAUGAUUGAUGUUGAAACAAAGUCAAUCAAACUUAAUUUAUCAUUAAUCGAAAAACAUGAUUAUGCAGGGUUUUAUCAUAUUGGAGUGACGAAUGAGAAUGGUAACAUUUAUGGUAUCAGAGAAAGUUUCAAGUCUCCAUUAGAUUUAGAAGUAGCUAAAAUCAAUCAAACAACAGGUCUUAUGAAAACUAUUGGAAUAUAUCCAACUGGUUCAUUUAGUGUGAUCAUGGCUUUUGCACCGAAACGUCGAUUGUAUUAUAAUGUUAUAGAUUCAACACUCUAUGGUAUCAAUAUUGAUACAGGAAAAUUAGAUGUACAUAGUCAAAUGCCUGGAGAUUAUUCGGUCUAUGGUCUUGACUAUGAUUCUGCUAAAGAUCGACUCAUUGCUAUAGUUUAUCCAGGUGGAUUAAACGAUGGCGUAUGGUAUUUAGUUGAAGUCAUCAUAAAAGCAAAAGGUGAACUUGAAUUUGAUCGUAUUGGUAAAAGUGAAAUUCCAUUGGAGAAAUAUUUUUGGUCAACAAACUAUGCACUCGAUGCAGAAAAACGUCUAUGGGUUACAUUAUGGGGUACAACAGAUGACAAAAAAAAUUAUUUUUUUGUAUUCAAUAUCGAUAAUGGAAAAAUUGUUGAACAAAUGGCCACAAGUCUAACUGAACUAAGUAAUCUUGCUUGCUUCGAUUCAAUUUGA